UUGCUGCAGAAAGACAGUGAUGCUGUCAAAGAGGCACUUGCUCAGCUGAGGGAAGUUGGUUGGGCAAACAAAUGGAGUUCUCAACCAUAUGUAUCACGUCGUAUGACCUCUCUUCGGGAGCUGACAACUCUUGGAAUUAAAAACGCGGAGAACCUUGCAAUCCCAAGUGUUAGAAAUGAUGCAUCUUUUCUCUUUACGGUGGUAGGGACAACAGGCUUUUUCGGUGUUCUUGCCGGGCAGCUUCCUCGGGUACAAUGGUUCCGGGAGUCAAGACAGGCCGACGGAAGAGAGCAACAAGUGGCAACAUACUAUCAACAUCUGAAGCAUGUCCACAGGAGGGUGGCACCCCGAUGAUGUUCUCUGAUGAGACGCAACCACCAGAUGAUACACAAACUGUGGUGGAGGAGACGCAGCCAGGUGGAGUGGGGCAAACGAGGUCAACUCGUGUUCGAGGACCUACAUUAGGCAAAGGCGUGCAGAAAAAAAUUGCUAGGAAAAAGGGGGAGAAAUUACAUGUCUACGUCAAUCGGGUGUUGAACGCAAUCACGGGAGGGAAUGCAACCCCAGCGACGAAUGAGUUGGGCCUUCAAAUUAGACGAUUGUGCCCUCUUCAGAGCGUGAAGUCAUGGAUAAAAAUUGAUCAAAGUACCAAAGAUGCGGUCAUCCAAGCGGUGCUAGACAAGUUUGUUAUCGGCGAUGAUUUUGAUAACGAUGAACAAGCUCAACAGAUCCUCGAUAGGAAGGCAUAUUUGCUAUACAAGGAUUGGAGGUACAAUCUAAAGCAAGAGUUCCUCGAACUUGAGGAAAAGGGUGUUGAUGACCCCUAUAGUCGUCCGCCUAGUGGAGUGAGCUUGGAGGACUGGAAAUAUUUGAUUGAUGUUGCUUGGAAAGACGAAUCUCACCUGAAACGGUCUACGGCUGGUAAAGCAAAUAGGGGUAUGCUCCCCUAUAAUCAUACAAGUGGAUCGCGAUCAUUUCCUAUAGCAAUGGCAAGAGACUGA